AUGUCAUUCAGUGAUGAGUGGCCAGAAGUAUUCGUUUUAGAUUGCGGUUCAAGCACAUUCUAUGCAGGCAUAGCAGGAGAAGAUGCACCCAGCUGUGUCUUUCCUUCCUGUAUCGGAACACCUAAAUAUUCACCCAUCAUGAUUAGUGAUUGCACUAUGAAAUCAGGUUAUAUUGGUGAUCAGGCAAUUAAACGAGAAGGAAUUCUCAAUCUAAACUAUCCCAUCCGAAAUGGAAUUAUUAAAAAUUGGGAUUUGAUGGAAAUUUUACUUGAUUAUACCUUUCAAGAAAUUCUCUCAAAAAAUACUCAAAAUUCUGAAUGUGAAAUUUCAGACAAUGAAUCGAGAUCAAUACUAUUCAUUGAUUCAAUUUUACAACCCUCCUCACAGAAGAAUCAUUUAAUGCAAUUAUUCUUUGAAAAGUAUGGAUUUGGAUCGUUUGCCUGCUCUCCACAACCUCUCAUGUCUGUCUAUGCAUGUGGAACAACGACGGCACUGAGUUUAUGCUUGGGAGAGGGUGUGAUUCAGAUAGUGCCAUGUUAUUGGGGAUUUGUAGAUAAUAAUACAACGAGGAGGAUUAAUUUUGGAGGAGCCAAUGUUACAGAUUACAUGAUUAAAAUGUUGAGUGAAAAUCAUGGAAUUUGUUUGGAAGGGAAUAGGUCAAUUGUGGAUCAAAUGAUUAGGAAAAUUGGUCGUGUUGCAGAGGAUUAUGAUAGAGAAUAUGAAAAUAGUCGAAUGUCUAGUGAAGGACAUCAACAGUAUGAGCUACCUGAUGGUCAAGUGUUAAAUCUAUCUCAUGAACAUUUCACAUGUAAUGAAAUUCUCUUCAAUCCUCAAAUAAUUAAUUCUGAAUAUCCAGGAAUUGUUGAUAUUAUUCAAGACAGCAUGCAAGCAUCAAACAUUGACACUCGCUACGGUCUCUACAAUAAUAUUAUCAUUUCGGGAGGAGUUUCGCUCCUUCCUGGACUGGCAGACAGAAUUAGACAUGAUUUGGCACAAUUAAUACCAAAAUCAUUGAGAUUAAGUGUGGUGGCAGCUCCUGAGAGACGUUACUCAUCAUGGAUUGGAGGAAGUAUUGCUGGUUCCCUUGAGUCCUUCGCAGAAAUGGCUGUUGCUAUGGCGGAUUAUGAGGAAUAUGGAUGUGAAGCAUUGCAGAGAAAGAAACGAUUUUUCGAUUGUUUUCAACCUUAA